UAAUUUCUCUCUUCUAUGGCUAAGCUUGUUGUUUCAUAUGUAGUACUCUUCCUUUUCUGCAUUUUUCAGCAGUCAAAUGCAGCUUCUGCAUCCUAUAAUGUGAUCAAGUUUGGCGCAAAACCCGAUGGCAAAGCUGACUCAACGCAACCCUUUCUUAAGGCAUGGUCAGCUGCAUGCAGCUCAGCUUCUCCCUCCAAAAUCUAUGUGCCUAAAGGAAGGUAUUUGCUCAAGGCAACAGUGUUUAGAGGUCCAUGCAAGAAUAAAAUUACGGUUCAGAUAGAUGGAACCCUUGUAGCUCCUACAGAUUAUCGUGCUCUAGGCAACUCAGGGUACUGGAUUUUGUUCAUUAAAGUCAAUCGAGUUUCUGUCUUUGGUGGCACCCUUGAUGCUAAAGGUGCUGGCUUCUGGGCUUGCCGGAAAUCUGGACUGAAUUGCCCUGUUGGAGCUAGGUCUAUAACAUUCAACUGGGCAAAUGACAUCCUGAUUAGCGGCUUGACAUCCAUCAACAGUCAAUCAAUGCACCUUGUUAUCAACAGUUGCAACAAUGUUUUGGUCCGAAAUGUAAGGGUAAUUGCUCCAGACCAAAGCCCUAACACCGACGGCAUUCACGUGCAAACAUCGACCGGAGUUACAAUCACUGGCAGCACACUUCAGACAGGAGAUGACUGCAUAUCAAUCGGUCCAAGCACCAGGAACAUGCUCAUGAGCAGCAUUAAGUGUGGCCCUGGACAUGGUAUCAGCAUUGGAAGUCUAGGCAAGGAAUUCAACGAAGGUGGUGUAGAAAAUAUAACCUUAACAAAUUCAAUCUUCAGUGGAUCAGACAAUGGUGUAAGGAUAAAAUCAUGGGCUAGGCCCAGCAAUGGAUUUGUGAGGAAUGUUGUGUUCCAAAACUUGAUUAUGAAAAAUGUGGAGAACCCCAUUAUCAUUGACCAAAAUUAUUGCCCCAAUAACCAGGGCUGUCCUCGUCAGAGCUCUGGGGUGAAGAUUAGUCAAGUGACAUACAGGAACAUACAAGGAACAUCAGCAACACCAAAGGCAGUGACAUUUCAUUGCAGCCCCAGUACUCCUUGCAGAGGAAUCAAAUUACAAGACAUAAAACUUACCUACUUGAAUAAAGCAGCAACAUCAUCAUGUAAGAACAUAGGUGGAACCAGCAGUGGUGUGCUUAUGCCUGAGAGUUGUGUGUAGUAAUUAGGAUUGAUUAUUAUCUUUAUUAUUUGGAUUAGUGGGUGAAAGUGAAACACACCAUGUGUAAGCAGCUAUUAACGCUAACAUGAUUGAGUGUGGCAGUAAAUCCCACUGAUACAAAUAUUGUUGUUCAAUUGUAGGCUUUGAAUUUUGUAUCAA